CCCUUUCUUUUCUUUUUCCCCUUCCCGGCUUCAUUUUUUCCCUUUUCUUCUUUUCUUUUUUUUUCUUUUUUCUUUUUUGCUUUUUUGAUUCUUUAUUUUAUUCUUCUUAUCAUUCACAUUACUACUACUGUUAUUAUUACUAUUGCUAUUACUAUUAUUACUACCACAUGACGGUCGAGUCAUACUUACAAGCAUUGGAAGUUUAUAGUAAAGGUACCAAGGCUUGGUUUACAGACGCGAAAGAAGCUUGGAUUUCUACUACAUGUGUUUCUAGUCUAAUUACUUCUGACAAUGUGCGCUUGGUCUUUGAAGCUGAUAGUAACCAUAAAGAAUGUGUCUAUGAAACUACUUUGACUCAAAUUGAAAAAACCAAUGGUCAAGACCUUCCACCUUUACGAAAUCCUCUUAAAUUAGAAAAUACAGAUGAUUUAACUAAUCUUAGUUAUCUUAAUGAGCCUUCAGUAUUGAACACUAUUCGUACAAGAUACUUACAACACUUGAUCUAUACCUAUUCUGGAAUUGUUUUGAUUGCCGUCAAUCCAUUUGAUCGGGUAUCCUUAUACGACUCUGAUGUAGUACAACAAUAUUCUGGUCGACGACGUGGAGAAUUGGAUCCUCAUUUAUUUGCCAUUGCUGAAGAUGCUUAUCGUUGUAUGGUACAUGAAAAAUCAAAUCAAACCAUUGUAGUAUCUGGUGAAAGUGGUGCUGGUAAAACUGUGAGUGCAAAAUAUAUCAUGCGUUAUUUUGCUACAGCUGAUGAUCAAGUAUCUAAUGGAAUGCGAAUUAAAAAAUCGGAUGGUGGAUUAACUGAAGUAGAAGAACAAAUUUUGGCAACUAAUCCAAUCAUGGAAGCCUUUGGAAAUGCAAAAACGACAAGAAAUGACAAUAGUUCUAGAUUUGGAAAAUAUAUUGAAAUUCAAUUCGACAAACAUACAAAUAUCGUUGGGGCAAAGAUUCGAACAUACUUGUUGGAACGAUCUCGUUUAAUUUAUCAACCUGAAACUGAAAGAAAUUAUCAUAUCUUUUAUCAGUUAUGUGCUGGUGCACCUUUAUCUGAAAAGAAGGAAUUUGAAUUGACGGAUUAUACAUCAUUUAAUUAUUUGAAUCAAAAUGGACCUACUUCUAUACCUAAUGUCGAUGAUGCAACGGAAUUUGGUCAUACACAACGUGCUUUAUCUACUGUCGGCUUAUCUGUACAAUUACAAUGGUGUAUCUUUCGACUUUUAGCAGCAUUAUUACAUAUUGGGAAUGUACAAAUCACGGGACGCGCCGAUGCAAUGGUGUCUGAAUCUGAUGAAUCCUUACUGACUGCUACUCGACUUCUUGGCAUCAAUGCCACCGAAUUUCGAAAAUGGAUAGUACGCAAACAAAUCACUACCCGUUCUGAAAAAAUCAUCACCAAUCUUUCCCCAGUACAAGCUCAAGUCGUCAAGGAUUCUGUUGCUAAAUAUAUAUAUGCAAAUCUAUUCGAGUGGUUGGUUGGAGUUAUUAAUGAAAGACUGUCCUCAUCAGAUGAAACAAAUGUCGCUACUUUUAUUGGCGUUUUGGAUAUCUAUGGUUUUGAACAUUUCAAAAAGAAUUCUUUUGAACAGUUCUGUAUUAAUUAUGCAAAUGAAAAGCUUCAACAACAGUUCAAUCAACAUGUUUUCAAAUUGGAACAGGAGGAAUAUGUCCGUGAACAGAUCAACUGGACUUUUAUUGAAUUCUCUGAUAACCAAAAAUGCAUUGAACUUAUUGAAGGUCGUAUGGGUAUUCUCUCAUUAUUGGAUGAAGAAUCAAGAAUGCCUUCUGGUUCUGAUGAAGGAUUUAUUCAAAAAUUAUAUACUAAUUUUGAUAAACCUGAAUUCAAAUCUCACUUCAAAAAACCAAGAUUCUCAAACAAGGCUUUCACUAUAUCUCAUUAUGCUCAUCAAGUGGAAUAUGAAUCUGAAAACUUUAUGGACAAGAACAAGGAUACAGUUCCGGAUGAACAUCUGGCUUUACUUCGAUCGACCGAUUUUGACUUCCUGAAACAAGUUUUGGACAAAGCUGCUGCUGCCAACCCAUCACCUCCUGUUGAAUCCAAGCGCAUGAGCAUGAUGUAUCGCAAACCUACAUUAGGUUCUAUUUUCAAACUUUCUUUGAUCAAUCUUAUGGAUACUAUUGGUGGAACAAAUGUACAUUAUAUUCGAUGUAUCAAACCUAAUGAAGCAAAGGUGGCCUGGGAAUUCGAACCAAAUAUGGUGCUUAGUCAACUUCGUGCAUGUGGUGUAUUGGAAACAAUUCGAAUCAGUUGUGAAGGUUAUCCGACACGCUGGACUUUUGAAGAAUUUGUCGAUCGUUACUAUGCUUUGGUUUCAUUCUCUCACUGGGAUCCUCGACAAAAACCUGAUGUUCAUCAAUUAGCUUCUACUAUUUUGGACGAAGCCAUUGCUGACCCUACUAUGUAUCAAGUUGGUAAAACCAAAAUUUUCUUCCGUGCUGGACAGCUUGCUUACUUGGAGAAACGACGAGCAGAUAGAUUUAAUCAAUGUGCUACUUUACUACAAAAACAUAUGCGUAGAUAUAUCUGUCGAACUCGUUACCUUCGAAUUCAAUCUUUGACUGUUGGCUUACAAACUGUGAUACGACACAAGAUGGCAAAGAAGAAAAUGGAUGCAUUACGAAGAUAUCGCGCUUCUCUUGUUAUUCAAACAAACUGGCGACGCUUCAUUGCUCGGAAACAAUAUCUGGCCAAACAACGGUUUAUUCUCUCAUUACAAACUGCUAUUCGAUCACGUUUGGGAGCUCAAAAAUUGGUGACAUGUCGACAACAUUAUGCAGCAACACAGAUUCAGCGUAUGAUUCGAGGUUGGUUCGCUAGAAAACAUUACAAGACACAACUUCAACUUGUACUUCUUCUUCAAUCCUGUGUUCGUCGCCGUAUUGCUCAGAAACAUUUUAUCGCUUUGCGUUCGGAGGCCCGGUCAGCAUCCCAUUUGAAGGAAGUAUCCUAUGCUUUGGAAAUGAAGGUGGUAGAAUUAACACAAACAUUGACAACGGUACGUGAUGAAAAGAAAGCUAUGACGGACCGAACUAUUCAACUGGAAACACAAAUCAAAACAUGGAUGGACAAGUAUGAAAAAAUGGAACGAAAAGCCAAAGGAUUAGAAGACAAAUUGAAGGAACCAACGGUACCUAUGGAAAAAUGGCAAGCACUGGAAGUGGAAAGGGAUCAUUGGAUCAACGAAUGCAAACAAUCAUCGGAACAGAUCAAGGUCAAGACUCGACAAACUGAAGAAUUGACAACAAAAUUGGAUCAGCAAGCACAAGAAACAACAAAGUUGAGAAAAAAUUUGGACGAAGCCAACGAUAAGAUAAAGACGAUGGUAGAUGCAGAUACUGUUACCGACUUGAAGAGUCAAAUCACAGCACUCAAAGCACAACUUAGCCAGGCGUUACACGCUCCACGUCGACAAACAUCUUCAACCAAUAUCCACGGUUCAUCUUUGGCUCCUAAUGGUGGAAGCAAUCAUAUGACAAGAAGUGUCUCACCUAUCAUGUCACCUUCAACAUCCAUCAUAAAACAACAACAACAACAAGAACUAUCAACAGACUCCUCCAUCAAUGAUACACAAACUCCUGAUUCUCCUACUCCUACAAUUUUACCUGGUACAUCUCGCAAAACUGUGGGUGGUAGACGGAAUAGCUCGGCUGGUGUAUGUGAAACACAAACCAAAUCUUCUCUUGAUCAUAUCCGACAAACUGAAAUAUCAAACAAAAAUCCUCGUCCUAUGUCAGUGGACCAAUACAGCAAGAUCCUUGGUUCCAAGACUAUACGCAAAGUAACUGAUUUGGAUGAAGCAUCUAUUCAAGAGAUUCAUACUAUUUUACGUGACGAGGAUGGACUUCAACAAGAACUCGUUGAUGGUCUUAUCAAAGGAUUGAGGAUACCUCUACCAAGUUUACAAAAUCCACCAUCUGCAAAAGAGGUAUUUUUCCCUGCUCAUACAAUUGGUAUUUGUGUUAUGGAAAUGUGGCGUCUGAAUUAUGUACAAGAAUCUGAACGAAUGUUGUUUACUAUUAUGGACUCUAUUCAAAAACAAUGUCUUAGCUAUACUGUUGAAGAUGCUAUUCUUCCAAGUAUCUACUGGUUGUCGAAUGUACAUGAACUAUUAUCUAUUAUCUGUGUAGCUGAACAAGAAAAGGAACAACAAAUGAUAUCCAGUCAACAUUCCACCAAUGGUAUCGGAUUACGACGAUCAGCGGCAUGGAACGAUUUUGAAAAAUUGACAGAAACAAUCAAGUUUGAACUACAAUGCUUAGAAGACAAUAUUUUCCAUGCAGGGAUGAAAGAACUCAAGAAAUGUCUGUCCAAGAUGGUGAUUUCGGCAGUGGUGGAAGGACAAUCUUUACCUGGAUUUACAACAACGGAUUCCAAUCGAUUCUACAAGAGGAUUAUUCCUGGUGGAUCUGCAGGACCUACCUAUACGAUGGACAAUGUAUUAAACCUUUUGAACAAAGUAUGGCGGGCAAUGAAGUGUUAUGGUUUAGAAGCAUCAGUGGUCACACAAGUACUGACAGAAUUGUUGAAACUGAUUGGAGUGACAGCAUUCAAUGAUCUUCUUAUGCGCAAGAACUUUUCUUCAUGGAAACGGGCUAUGCAAAUUCAAUAUAACAUUACUCGGAUAGAAGAAUGGUGCAAAAGUCAUGAUCUCAAUGAAGGUAUUUUACAGUUGGAACAUCUAAUGCAAUCUACAAAAUUACUUCAAAUGAAAAAGGCGACUUUGGAAGAUAUUGAAAAUAUCUAUGAAGCUUGUUGGAUUCUGUCUCCUACUCAGGUACAAAAGUUGAUGUCUAAUUAUUAUGUGGCUGAUUAUGAGAACCCUAUUACAAGUGAUAUCUUGCAAGCAGUGGCGGAACAUGUCAUUUCCGGAAACAAGAGUGAUAUUUUGUUAUUGGAUUCUGUUGCAUUGGAUGAUACAUCAAGUCCAUUUGAGAUACCCGUAGUACGAAAUCCGAUUCCUCAACCCUAUCUCCCUGCAUGGCUUUCUAAACUAGAACGACUUCGAAGGUUGAUUCAUUUAGUCCCAUUGGAAAACCUAACUGGUGUACAAUAGAGAUAGCUUAGAUAUAUUUAUUCUUCUUUACUUUGAUGUUUAUAUGUAUAUGUGAUGAUAUGAUACAACUUUUUACGAUUGAAAUAAAACAAAAAUGAUUAUAAUUGUGUA